UCAUAUUUUAUAUGUCUAUGCUUUGAACUAGUGCAACUAAUUCAGCUAAAGGGAAUUGAUGAUUCUUUUGUGUUUUUUUGGAAUUUAGCUAGCCUAAAGUGUUCUUUUUUGUUUACAAUGAAUGUUCUUAACCUUCAUUGAUGAUGAUCAAUAUAUGUUCGAAAUUGUAAAAUAUUUAUCGAAUAUAUUGUUAAAAGUUUGGCUAUUGGAAUAAAUAUAGGUAGCAGAGACAUUCUUAAAAAAGUUAUGCAAAAUAAGUUAUAUUUUGUUAGCACAUGUUGAUGAAGAUUCUAAAAGAGAUACUGUAAGAAGAUUAUAUUCACAAAUGCUAUUCUUGGUAAAUGUGAUUACAAUCAUUACAAGACAUAGAGCUAUUAUUUUGGAGAAAAUCUAGACUUAUGGAAAUUAUGUAAUCUCGAGUGAAAUAAAUUGUAUCCGGAGCAUUUUUCUGUUAAUUCAAAACAUAUAACCUCAUUAAUAUCAAAUAUGUUAGCUUCUAGAAAACUAAUGCUAACAUCUAAGGGACCUCAAGAACAAUGGAUCACAUCCAGGAAGCCAGUAAAAGGUUGUUAUUGUUAUUCUGAAAUGAACAAGAUGCAUGUAAAAUCGCCGAGAAAUCAGCACAAGUCUGCAUCAUGUCCCUAUCAUUGUAAGAGUGAAUUCAAAUUCAGAUCUAUUAGAGAAAUUGAUGACAAAGUAACAUUACCUUCAUCAAGCUGUGAAAUAUUCAAAAGAAUUCAAAAAAUUAACUAUACGCCUAGAUCUCAAUUCCUUCAUAAUAUACAAAGCAAGAUCUGUGAGUUACGAGAUCAAGGAGAUCAUUUAUGGACAUGUCCUCAAUCAUCCAAUUAUCACCGAUCUUUAACAAGUGCCAGAAUGCAGAAUACCUUUAGUGAUGAGAAAAUAAUAUUGCAGAAUGAAUGCAAGUGUGUGGAUGAGAAACAAAAAACUUCAAUAUCUCCGACUGUAUCUACAAACUCGAUAGCGAACGAACAAAACAGAUCUAAGCGUGAUGAUGUCGACGUUUGUACUUUGAAUAAAAAAACUCAAGUAUCUCCGCGAAAAUUAUCAAAAUCAACACGAAAAACUAUUAAAUUCAGGAAACAGAUAUUAGACUCAAGUGAAAAAUACAAAUCGAAGUCAUCAAUGCAAAGUAAAAAAACAACACAGUUGUGCAAGCAAGAUUGUUCCUACUGCAGAAGCGAACUGAAUAAAAAAAUCGACGAUAAUAAAUGUGAGAAUGCAGAAAAACAGAAUUUAUUGGAGCAGAGAGACAGAUAUUUGAGACAUGAAAAUGAUUCCGCAAUUGAAGAUUUCAUGGAUAGGGAAAUAGAAGAUAUGAGAAAAUUCCGACAGCAAAAUUAUUUUGAGACGCAUAGCUCGAAUCACACUUUAACGUCGUCCAAAUCGAAAUUAUUGCAACAAUAUCUGUUGAAUGAGCGGUUAUUUCCAGAACCAAUGGACAAGAUUCAAAGGCAGAAUUUAAUGGUGACGAUAUCACCAUGUACAACAACUCAAAGGAAGCGUGUCCAUUACUUUCCCAGAUAUGUGGUGCAACAAGAGAAAAGUGCCUAUAAUACUAAUUAUAUACGCAAACGAUGCCAAAGCUGUCCUCUUAUCGGACACGCUGUUGAUCUCGGAAUCCUGAAAACCAGACCGCCAUUAAAUAGCUUAGCACUUAAGUACCAAAAAAGAGCUCUUUGACAAAGCCGAAAUAAUAUAAGAUGUUUUCAAACUUCGAUUUUUAUUAUGUAUUCUGGAUCUAUACAGAACAAGAUGAUUUUUUUUCGAAGAUUUAUAAAUGAAAAUUUUAACAU